AUAACACAUUACCAAAAAAAAAGGGGGACCAAAAAAUAAAACAAAAACACACGUACAAGUUUGCAAUAACAAAGAAGGAUGUUUAGCCUUAGGAGCAGCACUACUACUAUAGCGCAGGUUACUGGCGGUGUUUGUCACAGUCGCCACAGAUCAUGCUUCCACUCAGUUCCCAUCAACUAUAGACUCUCUCACCCUGCAACGCGUAACCCUUUAUUGGCAUUUGUCAAAUGCAGUAGAAAGCUUCGUUCUAAUUGCAAUCGUUUUGGAAUGGCAACCUUCACCACGCGUGCAUCGGCGCAACCGCUACAGAAUGCAGAUGAGCUCAUUGACUCUGUCGAGACAUUUAUCUUCGAUUGCGACGGAGUUAUAUGGAAAGGUGACAGCUUAAUUGAAGGAGUGCCUGAUACACUUGACAUGCUUCGGUCAAAGGGCAAAAGAUUAGUUUUUGUCACCAACAACUCAACUAAGUCUAGGAAACAAUAUGGAAAGAAGUUUGAAACACUUGGCCUGAAUGUCAGCGAGGAGGAGAUUUUUGCUUCAUCUUUUGCAGCUGCUGCCUAUCUGAAGUCCAUUAACUUCCCAAAAGAGAAAAAGGUUUAUGUCGUUGGAGAAGAAGGCAUCCAGAAGGAGCUUGAGCUUGCUGGAUAUCAGUACCUUGGUGGGCCUGAAGAUGGUGGGAAAAAGAUAGAGCUGAAGCCAGGGUUUUUGAUGGAGCAUGAUGAAGAUGUUGGAGCAGUUGUCGUUGGAUUUGAUCGCUACUUCAACUACUAUAAAGUCCAGUAUGGAACACUCUGUAUACGUGAAAACCCUGGAUGUCUUUUCAUAGCUACAAAUCGAGAUGCGGUUACUCAUCUCACUGAUGCUCAAGAAUGGGCAGGUGGGGGCUCUAUGGUUGGCGCUUUCGUGGGAUCUACUCAACGUGAGCCACUAGUGGUUGGAAAACCAUCAACCUUUAUGAUGGACUACUUGGCAAACGAAUUUGGCAUUUCCAAGUCACAGAUAUGCAUGGUUGGGGACAGAUUAGACACUGACAUUUUGUUUGGACAAAAUGGUGGCUGCAAAACUCUUCUUGUCCUCUCAGGGGUCACCUCACUUUCGAUGCUUCAGAGCCCUAACAACUCCAUCCAGCCAGAUUUCUACACAAGCAAAAUUUCAGAUUUUCUUUCCCUCAAAGCUGCAGCUGUAUGACUACACUCCAAUGAAAUAUAGAUUUAUCCCAAAUCAAGAUUUGAAGGGAUAUUGUAUUUUAGAAUAGAAAAAAACAUGCUUGAUUUGUUUUUCCUAUGAAGAGAAAAUAUGAUUUCUAUGAUAUAUAAUUAUGAAAAAGUUGAUUUACUGUCAACAUAAAACUUGUUUACACUUGUAAAUUUCAUUUUAGUUCUGAUGGAGCAACUAAGCUUGUCAAUCAGAGCUAAUAUUAAAGUCCCUGGGGAUGAUGUUGUGUGUUGAA